AUGAAGGCUUUCUGGUCGGAAAUUGUAUCCUGUGUUGCGCCUCGACUAGCAUACAUCGGUUUUGUGAUUGCACAACCAUACCUCAUCCGUCGCGCAGUAACAAUAUUUGCCCGUUCUGAUGAGAAGACCGCCCACGACCGCGGUGUUCUUCUCGUUGCAGCCUUCGCAUUGGUGUACGGCGGGAUGGGGAUCUCGUUGGCCGUAUCAAAACAUAAAGCAGCGCGUCUCAUCACUCUGAUACGCGGUGGCUUAGUUGGCAUGAUAUACGAUAAAGCUAUGCGUUUGCCCACCUCGAGUGGCCAAGAUGAGGUUGUCACUGCAAUUAGCACAGACAUCGAACGAAUGGCUUUAGGUCUGUACACAUAUUAUGAGUGCUGGGCGGCUCCAAUUGAAUUAGGCCUGUUUUUUUGGUUCAUUUACCGAGAGCUUUAUGAAAGCAGCAUAGCAGCGAUGCUCCUUUCAGUUGUGGCAAUCGUUGGGGUAGUUUUACUGGCUCCCUAUGCUGUCCGAUCCCAAACUGCCUGGAUCAAUGCAAUACAACGACGUAUUGUGAUCACGGUAGAGCUGGUCAGUGGAGCUAAAGGAGUCAAAAUGUCUGGCAUUGUUGGCCGGCUCCUUACAGUCUUAACAUCCCUACGUCUCGACGAAAUCUCGGCCUCCAAGAGGUACCGUUCCAUUGUGACAGGCAUUUUCACCUUCGCUAGCACGCAUUCGAUAGUCACUCCAACUGUGUCAUUUGCCAUCUACAUGUUUGUCUCUCGGUCAAAACAUGGAGCGAUUGGAACUCUUGACAGCCCACGUGCCUUCACUUGCUUAGCGAUACUCGAACUCAUGGGUGAAUCGCUUUUGUCCUUACUCCAGGCUAUCUCUAAUAUAUCAUCUGCUGUCGGAUGUAUUGCUAAUAUCCAGGAGUUGUUGAACAAACCCGAGCGUGAAGACAGCCGGGUUCAAGAAGACCACAAAAUGGCCAUUCCUUCUCAACACCUACCUUCUUGCCUUCUUGCCAAAGAUUUCUCUGCUGGAUGGCAGAACCCCAUUGUCAAAAACCUGACAUUCGAUAUUCCCUUUAAUUCCUUGACAAUGCUCGUCGGCCCUGUUGGAUGUGGGAAGUCUACCGUUUUACAGGCCAUUCUUGGAGAGACAUCAUAUAAUGAGGGAACCAUCGUCAUCCACUCGCCAGAUAUUGCCUACUGUAGCCAGACGCCCUGGCUGGUCAAUGGGACAAUUCGGGACAAUAUACUUGGGGCAAACUCGUACUGCGAGGACUGGUAUAAAAUGGUCAUCAAAGCAUGUGCUCUUCAGGUGGAUAUUGCGGGCUUCAUCAACAAAGAUGACACUAUCGUCGUUAUUCUAGAUGAUGUGCUCAGCGGUUCAGAUGCUAUUACUGAGGAGCAUAUGUUUGAACAACUGCUGAGCCCUCGAGGUUUGCUUCGGAAAUUCGGGACAACCGUGAUCCUCGUGACAAGUUUAACUCAUCGACUUCAAAAUGCUGAUCUAGUCAUAAGUUUAGGAGCAGACGGAUCACUUGCCUCUUUGAAUCGUAACAGAUCUCUACUUGACCGGGAUACUGUAAUCAAAGGUCAUUCCGUGGAUUCAUUCAAAGCUUUAGAAGACAAAGCCCGGUCACAAAUCACCAUUGCAAGUCUUACUAACGAUUCAAAUUAUUCCCUGCAUGUGCCUGGUGAGACUUUCACAUCGGAAGACUCGGGUGAUCCGUGUUGGACGGGUGAGUUGGCGACGUACAACUACUACUUGACUGCAGCCCCCAGACUCGGUUGGCUACUGUUUGUUGCGGCCUUAUCGGUUGGAAUUACUUCCAAGAUAUUCAUGUCCACCUGGGUGAAGUGGUGGGCCCACGAUAAUGAUAUUGAGCCUAAUCGCAACAUUUCAAUGCGAGUAGCUGUUGAUUGCGUUCUUUCUGCGGUAUACGCGAUGAUGUUUUUGGUUUCCCAAUGGAUCAUGAUUCAUGGCGUCACGGCGAAGACAAUGAUGACUUUGCACCAAAGACUGCUCAAAGCAGUUAUUAGGGCCCCAAUGUCCUUUUUUGCGGAAAAUGAUUCCGGAGCCACCAUCAAUCGGUUCAAAAACGAUUUGGAAUUGAUCGACUUUGAGUUACCACUGGUCGUUUUUUUAACAAUUGCCAAUUUCUUACAAUGCAUUGGUGGAAUCAUCGUGGUAAUAAUCAACGCACACUACAUGGCAGCCGUAAUCCCUGUGGCAGUCAUAACCAUUUGGGCUGUUGAGACCUUUUACCUUCGGACUUCUCGGCAACUUCGUGUUCUUGACAUCGAAGCGAAGGCACCUAUCCUAAAGCACACUAUCGAAACAAUUGACGGUCUUGCUACCGUACGCGCAUUUUGUUGGCAGGACCAGCACCGAAAGGCGGCCAAUGCCAGUCUCGAGCUAUCACAGAGACCUUUCUACUUGCUCAUGGUGGCGCAGAUAUGGCUUGGUCUCGCAUUGGAUUUUGUUAUGACUGGUGUCGCUAUGGUUCUAAUGGGAAUUGGCGUUGCCAAGCUUGGUCAUGUUUCUGCCGGUGAUAUGGGCCUAGCACUUACUAGCACGAUUAAUAUCGGAAUUUGGAUGAAAACCUUGAUCAAGUUCUGGAUGAAUCUUGAAACAUCACUCGGUGCUGUUACUCGCCUGAAGGAGUUCGAUCAGAGGCUCAAGCCAGAGGAUUUACCAUGCGAGCGCUAUAUCAUGCCAGUUGGCUGGCCAUUGCAAGGCAAUAUUCAAUUCAAGCACGUUACCGCUUCCUACGGUGGAAAGAGUACACUUGUGUCAGCACUCUUCCACAUGAUUGAGCUUUUAGACGGCCAAAUUAUUAUUGAUGGAAUCGACAUAUGUACCAUCUCUCGACAAAGCUUGCGAACCUCUCUAAAUGGACUACCACAAGACGCGUUCCUACUCAAUGGGUGGACUGUCCGUGACAACAUCGAUUUCUUCGGCACUAGCUCUGACAAAGAAAUGGUUGACGCUCUCGUGGCCGUAAACUUAUGGCCGUCUAUUGAGCAUAAAUAUGGUUUGGACACUUUGGUGACCGACAGUACCUUCUCACAUGGCCAGAGGCAGCUGCUUUGCUUUGCGCGAGCCCUCACUCGGCAAGGGAAUAUCCUUGUUGUGGACGAAGCAACGAGCAGUGUUGAUGCAGACACUGAAAAGUUGAUGCAGACACUAAUUCGAUCGCAUUUUUUUAAUCACACGAUCUUGGCUGUUACACACCGUCCUUCCACCGUCCUGGAUUUUGACCGUGUCCUUGUGCUCGAGGGUGGUCAUAUUGUCGAAAAUGGACAUCCGCAGGAGCUUUUGACGAGGGAUAGCUGGUUUGCUGGCCUUUACAGAAGUUCGGAAACCUGA